AUGGGGGUUUAUAUUGUCUACAUUGAAGAGCAAAUUGGGGUACAGACAUAUAAAGAAAUUGAAGAUGCUCCUAUUGCUGGCUUGCUACUGGAUGAUAAUUAUGCAUGGGCGUUACAAACAUUGCGUGAUCUUAUGGACGACAAUGAUUUACAUGAAGUUAUUGUCACAGACAAAGAGCUUGCUUUGAUGAAUGCCAUUGAGAACACAUUUCCAAAUGCUCGACAUUUGUUAUGCCAGAAAUAUAAUGAUCAGCUUGCAAUACUGCAUAAGGAUUUCAGUAACUAUUCGGAGGCAAUCAAGGUUGAGAGUGCUCAUGCUAGAUUGAAGAGGCAAUCAGGUUCAAGUCAAACGACAUUUGAGAUUUCAUUUGAAAAAAUACAUUGUCUACUUGAGUUGCAACACAUUCAAGUAAAAGCAUCAUUCGAGAAGAGUUUGACAACUAUGCAACAUCAAUUCAAACUUUCUCAAUUCAGAGAACUCUGGGGUAAUGUGUCUAUUUGUGCAUUUGAGUACGUGUUGGUAGAGAGUAAAAGAGCAAAUUUAGUUGGAAUUGAUGUUGCAGCAUGUGGGUGUGUUCUUAGGCACAUGCAUGAUUUACCUUGUGCUUACGAGAUUGCAAAUUACAUGAGACAAGGCUGUCUUAUUCCACUCAGUAGCAUACAUGUACAUUGGACACGACUUACUAUAUGUGUGCAUAAUCCAAAGGCUGAGAAAUUGGAAUUGACUUGUAUCCCAGAACUUGAGAUGAUUUUGAAGAGGUUCAAUGAGUCUGAUAUUGCCACACAAUUGGAUAUGUUAAAGAAGUUGAGGGAAAUUGCAAAUCCAGCGAGCACUUUUCUUAUUGAACCUGAUAGCACAUUAACUUCCAGUCAAUCAAAGAAAAAGAGAGUUUCGAAAGUGCAUAAGAAGAAGCGGAAUGUAAAGACAAAGACAUAUCGUACAAAAACAAAUUUACCGAGUGCAUAUGUUGGUGACUUGCCGCCUAUAUUAAUACCAUUCAUAAAGUUGAUGAAGGAUGUAGAUGGUGAUAAGAAUUGUGAUUUUAGAGCUAUAGCGGGUUUACUUGAUCAUGGAGAGAAUGACUGGGUGCAAGCUAAGCGUGAUUUGCUACUUGAAUUGAAUAAUCACAGAGAUGAAUACAUCGUACUAUACGAGUCACAUGAGAGGGUUGAGGAACUGACACACAUCCUUUCAUAUUUUGAAGAUAGCCUGGGCUUUGAUCGUUGGAUAACUAUGCUUGACAUGGGGCAUCUUAUUGCAUCAUUUUAUAAUGUAGUCUUGUACCACUUGUCAUUACAACAGUGUCUCACUUUCUUACCUUUGAGAUCACUGCCAGUAACCCUAGCUGAUCGUCCUGAGAUUGCCAUUGAAUUUGUCAAUGGAAAUCAUUUUGUGCAGAUGUACAUGCAUAUAUUUUUGGAGGUCAGUCAUCCAAUUCCUCCCAUUGCUGUGCUUCAGCGACUUCACCGUCAUCUUUGUGCAUUAGAAUGA